AUGUCUGUCUCUGGCACAUUGCAAGAAAUCCCUGUCAGAGAAAAAUGCCGUACUUUAGUGUUCAAGUCUCAAAAAGCAUUUAACGGCAGACACCUCAUGAACCACGUGAUUCGCAUCGUUGAAAUCAUGGUGAAGGAGUUUUGCACAAUGUUGUGUUAUAUGGAACCCGAUUGUGUCAGUAUUAACCUUGAUGAUACAGCAGGUGUAAAUGGAAAGUACAAAUGUGAACUCAAUAAUGUCACCCACGAAGGACACGAACACGAGUUUAAGUGGCACCCAAAUUACUUUUACCACGCAUCCCAAAGUGCUUGUGUCAAAAAUCCCUGUGAGAACAACUCCACUUGUCAAAGCGGUUUUACUGACCUAGGUUAUCGCUGUUUGUGUACUGCUGGAUUCAAGGGUCAGACUUGUGCUGAAGAUAUCGACAGUGUGCCGCGGGAACACAAACCUGCAGUGAGAAUGCUAUGUGUAGCAAUACCGAAGGUUCCUACAAAUGUGCAUGCAAAACUGGAUACCACGGAGAUGGAAAUAUCUGCCACACGGGUAUUGUGUUCUUUGCGGUCUUUCUCAGAGCAGUCCCUCAUAAUGUUUAGAAAUCGACGAGUGCCUUUAUGA